AUGUCGCAUGAUGAGCACAGUCUCGACAUUCCCGCCCUGGAUCCAAGUCAACCUCGGUCCAUCUCUAUACAGGCGAGAGCAAGCGCGGAUACCUUCGCUGGCUCAUCGCACGCUCUUAAUCGCACAGCUUCAGGCCUGAGCGGUCUACCCGAGCUGCUCGCCAUCUCGAGUCUGGCCCAGCCUAAAGACGCGUUCGAUCCAGAAGAGCUUUCCGAUGUCUUCCAUCUGCCUUUGCCUGGGGAUGGCAGCACGCAGCGGCGUCUUACAGAUUAUGCGCCUACACCUCCACUGACUCCACCAGAGGAAGCAAGAUCACCUCCGCGCAUCUGGAGCUGGGACUCGGACGAUCGACUUGUCGAGCCUUUUCUUAGCGAUCGCAUGGUCAACGAGCGAGAUGCCUCGACGGCGGAGGCUCUCGCACUAGUGUGAGUGAUACACUUGUUCCAGGCUUAUAUCGCCACGAACUGAUGCAGCGCUCAUGAUUUCUCUCAAAUAUCAUCCUUGACAGGCUCGCAAAGUAUGACCACGCCGGACCAUCUUCCAGCAGCGAUGCGUCUUUCGCUCCGGCACAUUCACAAGAAAGUGUCAGGAAAUCGCUAGAGUUGGCUCUUGCUUCGCAUGCCUCGACUCACUUUGCCUGGGAUGCAGCCAGAGCAAGAUUCGUCUGGCGACAAACACACGAUCGAAGGGUACGCGCCUCAGCUGCGAAUGGCAAGGGCAAGUCGCGGAGCGUGGAUGGCAUCACUGAGUGGAUCGGCGAGGAGCGCAUACACGGAUACACGGCUUCAACUUCUAAAGCUAUUUCAGCACCUUUUCUAGAGAUUGGUUCACUGCGGCGCCGACUUGAGCUUCGCUUGGAGGAAUUGAGCGUCAACACGGAUGUGCCGAUUCCAGAAGUGUUUGCGCUUGCUGCUGCAAUCCGGCAGGUGGUUGAGUGGCUGGGAAACGAACUCGAGGGGAGGAUAAAGGAGAACGAUAUCUCGAGGGAGAGCUCGCGCUUGGACAUACCUCGCCGUAUGUUGGCAUCCCUUUCGAUGGCGUUGGCCUGCGUAAGUCUAUACCUCAGACCAUUGGCUCCAUUCACGAGUUGGCUUACCCGGCGCGAUUACUCGGCCCUCAUUGAAAGGAUGUUGCCCGCAAGCCGCCCUUCCCCUCCUUCGGCAUCUUGUGCAACGUACAAGACAUCCAAUCACAGCCCUCGCAGCUUGCGGCAAAUUUGCUGGGAAGAUUGUAUGCAGAAGCCGAAGCUCAACUGACUGCUGGUGAUGCUCUCAGCGCCGCUGCUUUGGCAUUUGUCUUGGAACAAGUGAGCGAGACGUGGAGGGCAGACGUGGCAGCUUGGAUCGGUUGGCCGGGCUCGUCGGCUCGAGAGGAGAUGUACCUGGGAAGCAACGGAUUUUUCGAGCCAUGGACAGGAGCGGAAAUCAGGUGGAGCAGGGACACAAGGGGGGAGCUCGAUGUGGGAUACGAGGUGAGUGGGAUUUGAACGCUGGUAGCUUGUGAUUCACAUGAUCUCCAAGCUGAUGGCUUGUCGGAUUCCUGGCGCAGCUCCGACUUCGUCGAGUCCCCUACUUUCUUCCUGUCGCUUGUGCCAGAGAUUUGCUGGAAGGUGGCAGAGCACUACGUCUUCUACGCAAAGCUGCUCCAUCAGGACACCCUUUGCUAUCCUAUAUGCAGUCCGCCUCUAAGCAUACCCUGCCAGCUCCAAGCUGGCUUUGGUCCAAAGCUGAUCAUGAUCGACACCGGGAACGACUACUGUCCGAGAUUGCAAAUCUCAAACGCAGCAUAGCUCAUUGGCGGCAUGGUCGAAUAAGGAACGCCUUCCCAUCCCGGCCCUCAAGCGCGGCCGCUAUUCCAAUCAAUGAUGUGGCUGGUCUGGCGGAACACGCAGCCCUCCGAGAAGCUCCAAAAGUAGGGCCUGAUGUAGCCUGGUCUGCGACUCAUGUAUCGCUCGAAAGAGCUUUAAAGCUCUUCGAUCAGAUGCCAGGCUCUUCUCUGCCGAGCCUGGAAUCAGAUGAUGUACAUCUACCACCGGCACUUGCAGGCGACAGGGACGUCAGCACAGGCAACCCUGUCACUCCAACUUCUUCGCUCCUUGCACACUUGGGGCAUGCCGCUCAGGCGUCGGAUGAACUGCGCAACGACUUUGCCCUAUCUAUCUCUAUCGUCAUCUACGACAGCUACAUUUCCCCAAUGCUCGAAUGGUCCCGACUUCUCAACUCUGCUCUGCUAAGCUGCUACUUCCGCGAUUUUGGCUUGACGACUUACCUCGAGACAUGCCGGCAAUUCCUUUUGCUUGGUGACGCAAGCUUCCUCAGUCGUGUGUCUAUGGUGCUUUUUGAGCAGGGUGAUGAGUCUGGAAGGUUGGAAGAGGGCUGGGCCCCGGGCUUGGGCAGAAUACUCAAUGUCGACGAAGCGUGGCCUCCCGGCAGACCCGAGAUUCGAUCAAAGCUCAACGCUAGCGUGGUCGAAUCCCUUGCUGACCUCAGGAGACCUCACGAGGAAAGGGGAGAAAGCAGUGCGGAAGCUCGGGCUCUCAACGAUCUCGAUGCGAGGUUGUCCUUCGCUUUCGUCCAACCAGAUGAUCUGCUGAAGGGCAAAAAAAAUAAGCGUAGCUGGCAGGACAAGCACUGUGAGAUUGCCGCAUCUAUAGCCUCCAUGUUACGCGCGCUGACUAUAUGCAUUGUAGCAAUCGAUGGGCUUGAUUGGUUGGUGAGUCGCCCAGACUCUCGUAUCCGUGCUCACUGUCCUUGAGUCUCAUUUGCAUACCCUAUCUCUUCCUCUUGUGCAGACUUUGAGCUUUGAGCCACCUCCUUUGAUUGCCCCUCUGCUCCACGUCAAUAUCAGCACCAGAUAUCAACGCCUGUUCAACCAGCUCUUGAAGUUCGUUCGGACACAAGCCGUUUUGAGAGCCCUCUUCGAAGAGCUCGUGAGAGGAAAGCGGCCAGAAUCAGCCUAUCGCAAUCGCAAAGAUCCGAAUCGCGCACGCAGACCCAAAAUGACUCCGACAAGACUGCCUUUCGACUAUGAUCAGCCUUCACGUGAGAUUUGCUUGCGCUUCAGACGCGAGGUGGAUCAUUUCACAACCGUCUUGUUCGCCUUUACGACCUCGGCCAUUGACGAGUCUUGGACGAGAUUUAAGACUCGACUUCGCGAAUUGCACGAUGAAGCUGAAGCUCGCGACGGGCUUUCGAGCGGCUUCAAGGACAUUGCGAUGCUUGAGAAUGAUGACGACGAAGCGUCUGGCGCGCCACCUGGGUCAUCCACAUCACGACCGGCUUUGCAGAUCAAGGAUGUGUUCAGCCUGGCGCUGUACCACGAAACCACGCUUGAGCGACUGUUGCAAACGUGCUUUUUGCGCGCGCGGCAAGCGGAUCUGCGCGUGUACAUCGACAGCAUCCUCAACAGUGCUCUUGGUCUUCUGACGCUCUGUCGCGAAGACGUUCGGUCGACGCAGUCGGACGCAACAGCUCCAGCUCGUAUGAAGCGCCUGCGAGACUCGUAUGCCAAGUUCACCUCGCGCGUACGCGGAUUCAUGCGAACCUUGCAUGCCAUUCGAGAGCGCGACUCUGCAGGCGCGAGCAGAGUCGCCGGAGCGUCCAGCGCAACGUUGAAGACAAACGCCAAGCAAGGCAUGUCGAGAAAAGCUCGCGAAGAACGUCGACUGAUGAAAAUGACGGAGGAAGACUUGAAGAUUUUGGAAGGUCAAAAUCCACACAUCGAGGCCAACGUGGACAGCGUUAAUGAACUGAUUGCCCGCCUCGACUUUGCGGGAUACUUUUAA